AACACAUAUGUAUUGUUAUUGAUUUAAAGGAGCUUGCCCCUUCUUUUUAUUCCAAACUUGUUUGAUCAAUAACUUCUAAUAAAAAAUCUUCUUAUAAAUAAUGAGUGUAAUGGAUAAAUCUGAAAUAUACGACAUAAGUUUAGAUGCAGUGGAAGAAAAUAGCAAUCAAGCAUGGCACAGUCUCCUUUAUAAUUUAUCCAAUUCAGACCUGGAAAGCCUUGAAAAAGUUUUCAAGAAAAAAUUGAACAAAGACGGUCUGGAAAGUGGAUUAACAAAAAACGAAUUCUUAGAAGCUAUAAGUGGUUCUUAUGAAGGGCCUCAAUAUUCCUUGCAAGCAAGCCUGCUUUUUGACGAGAUAAAUCGAGAAACGGUAACUUGGAACGACUUGCUGGAUUUCCUUAUUAAAAAUAUGUACAAUUUGCCUAAAACCCCUUUGCGUUUGGAUGUGGGUGCUAUAGAACACGUUGCACAUGGAAAGAACGAAUCCAUCGCCAAAAUAGUCUUGAUAGAGACCGAACAGUACUUUUGCUACGCCAUUAUUUUAAAACAUGGACGAGUGGGCUUGUACGAUGGCAAUUUAAACUUUUUAACUUGUUAUCAUGCCAUUAUGACUAGGGAAGAUCUUACGAGGCCUGAGGAUGAACGACGAAGACGAAAUAGGUGGAUCACAGACGCCCUUUUUUGCCCCGACACUUUAAUGUUUAUUAUAACCAAUACGGCCCGGAGUCUUAUGAUCUACGAGGCGUCCGGAUUAAAUCAUGUUCCUUAUUGGUUGAUCUUAAGCACCCCAAACAUAUUGGAGUGUUUGGCUUACGAGCCCUACGUAAAAUUAGACAGCAAUUACAGCUCUAGCACGUUGUACGCUGGAGAUUGCUAUGGACGAGUGCUGACUUUUACGUUUCGCCAGCCUAAAAGUUCGUUGCUGAGAAGGAAGAAAAACGAUAGCAUCACGUUGUUCUAUUGGAUGGACUUUUUAAAAGAAAAAGACUAUGUGACAGUGAAAACUUACAAUAAGGUGCACGAAGAUUCGGUUAAAAGCAUCAAAUACUACAGAGACUUAAAGCUGCUGGUGACCUGUAGUAAAGACCCUAAUAACUCCGUGAUUCUUAAGCAUAUGACUGACUCAAAGGGUGGUAACAAGGUAGUUUAUAAAAUCCCCAGAGGUGUAAGUUGCUUCGCCUUAAGCCCCAAAAACAGAUUGCUGAUAACGGGAAGCGGUAACGGAAUAAUCCGGAUUUGGAAUAUUUUCAUAUCGAAACCCGUUGCGCUUAUUUCAGAAUACGAUUCUGAAGUUGUGGAUAUUCAGAUAAUCGAGGGUAUGGAUUUGUUCUUGAGUUGUUCGAGUAGUGCGAUAUUCAAAUUAUGGGACCUUAAAGACCACACUUGUCUUCAAACGUUAAAGCUAAAAUUCCCAUCGUUUCGGGUCCAAGGGAAACUGAUUGAAUGGGGGAACGGUUGCAUUUUUCCGGGUCCCAGGCGAAAACAACCGGAAGAAUCCGGUUGCGAUGGACCUGGAAAAACCUGCUUUGGCAUCAGCGAUAUUAACGAAAUGGUGCCAGAGCUUAAUUCAUCCAAGAUAAGAGACUCAUUCAACGUUUGGCAACGUUCCUGCAUACUGGUAACUUGUUGCAACUAUGUGGCAAAAUUAACAACAUCCUUCAAUGAAGCCUCACUGGAGCUGACCUUUUCCACCCCUAUUUUACCUCCUCCUCCUUUACAAAACAGCGUAUUGAUCCCGAUCAGCUGGAGGCUACAAGGUGACGCCUUGGAUCAAAAAGAUUUAAGGGAAGAAAUGCCGGAGUUGAACAUUGAAAAGCAACUUGAAGAGUUGAACUUUAUUUUGAACAAGGAGAUUUUAGAGGGGAACGGCGCCAGGAGCGAUAUUAAUUACAAAAUAGCUAUUUUGGAAUCAAAAAAGGAAAAAAUGCGCUCGAAAGUUGCUUUGGGGUCGCCAUAUUUGGCCCUGGACCUACACGAUAUUCCAGAGUUGCAACUCUCGCCCGACCUCAAACUCCAUAACAAAAAAAAAGCGGAAAAAUUCCGCAGUAAAAUCGAGAAAAUGCUUCAAAAUGCCACCUAUAAGGACGCAGUGUUUUCUUCUCCAGAACCUUCAUCUAGUAGAUCCAGGUCCAGCAAGAGUAGCAUUAUUGAUUUGCCUUUUUAA